UCCAUCUUUUUGUAACCCCCCACCACUACCAGACAGAACAGGCUUACUAAAAGUCACAGUCAUCAUUAAAUUACCGUACAACCAGCAUCCGAUAGUAAACAUAACUAAUGCCAUCACUUGGAAUCUUAUCUGGACUCAUUACAUCACUUAACAAAACGGCGGCGGUGCCAGUGCGCGGUAGAGUUCCGUUUUAACAAGACAUCUCAGCCAUGAACGAGAAGGAGAUCGAUGACGCAUUCCAGCUGGCGGUGCAGCUAACGAAGCAGUGCGGUCCGAUAGUGCUGGAAGGGAUAGCUAAUGCUGCCAAGGUGGUCGAAGUUAAGGGUCGUCACUGGGAUCUUGUUACCGAGUACGAUCGGCGGGUGGAAGAUGUCCUGAUCAAGGGUUUGGCCGAACGCUUUCCACAUCAUCGGAUGCUGGGCGAAGAGUCAACCACUGAAGCGUAUCAAAACGAACCACUUGAUCACCGCCCGACGUGGAUCAUUGAUCCGAUCGAUGGGACGAACAACUUCGUGCGAGGUGUGAAAUUCAUUGCCAUAUCGGUGGCUCUGGUAGUUGAUGGCGAUUUGAAGAUUGGCAUCAUCUCCAACCCAUGCCUAAAUGAAUUUUACACGGCAGUAAAAGGAAAGGGAGCUUUUUUGAACGGAGAAAAAAUUCACACCAGUGGCGUUCAGGAGCUUAAAAGUGCUCUGGUCGGUCAUGAGUUUUCCAUCGCAAGCUAUGCAGUCGCUAGACCGCACAUCUUCGGCCGUGGUGUAGAAUUCGUACAGAAGUGUACUGGGCUGCGAGCGUUCGGUUCAGCUGCCCUUACUUUGGCCUACAUUGCAAGUGGAAACAUCGACUGCUACAGUAUUGAAUAUUUGAAACCAUGGGACAUCGCAGCCGGAGCCCUGCUCGUGCGAGAAGCUGGCGGUGUAGUGACACACAUAAACGGUGGCCAGUAUGAUAUAUUGAAACCAGAUAUCACUGCAGCCAGCAGUGAGAAAUUGGCCCAGGAGAUACUAACGAUUGUUAACAAAGUGACGGAGGAAGUUAAACAAAAGCAAUAACUUUUUUACGAAAUAAAAUUUCAGUAUAAUGGUACAACUA